UAUGCGGUUGCAGGUCGCCUAAUGGAGACCUAGUUUUUAGAACUUUGAAAGCGUUUACGAUUAGGCUCCCUGGUGCAGCUAAACAGUCUAUUCUAUAGAGAAAUAAAGGGGCCGUUUUCCGUUGUCUGGUGUUUUGUAGAAUGUCGGGCCCCAGGCGGUGCCCGGACUGUGGCUCCUCUGACAUUGUGGAUGAUGCUCAUUACUCCCAGGAUCAGCUAGUGUGUGCGGACUGCGGCUUUAUCCUGAGCGAGGGUCUGCUCACCACAACACAUACAGAGGAGGGCUUUCUGCAAGCUGUAAGGUUUUCAGAGAGUACUGGCGAGCGCGAUACCAUAAGCAGGAGUAAACUCCACGGCAUAAAGCGAGUGAGAGAUCUUUGCAAAGUUUUGAGGCUGCCAGAUAGCUUCACUGACACCGCCGUGUCCUACUAUGAACAAGCGUUCAGCCAUCCCACGUUCCACUUUGUCACCCUGCAGAAGAAGGAGAUAGUGAUGGGAUGCUGUGUGUAUGUGACGUGCCGGCAGCACCGCUGGCCUCUCACCAUGGGAACUGUCUGCUCGCUGUUAUACACAAAGAAGGAACUCUUUGCCAGCGUAUAUCUGGACGCGGUGCAAGUUCUGAAGCUGGAUGUACCGUCUCUGGGCCUCCAGGACCUGGUGAAGAGCCAUUGCAAGAGUUUCAAGUUGUUUCAGAACUCAUCUUCGGCUCCAAGAGGAUACGCAGAAGAUCUGGAGAAGGUGCUAGAGAGGACUUUGCAGACCGUAGAAUUGGCAAGUGACGUAUGGCUGGUGACCGGACGUCACCCCAUCCCCAUAGUCAGUGCAGCCGCCUACCUUUCCUGGCAGUCACUGCAGCCGUCACGCUUGUCAUGCACGUUUACACGCUUUUGCAAACUGUCUGAUGUGGACUUCCCCCCACCGGCAACAAAAAGGCUGAAGGAACUUCACGAAAUCUUCCUCAAGUUGGCCGCUCAGCUUCCUUGGCUGAAGGUACUGCCUCUUAAUAAGAAAACUGUAGUGCAGCACCUUGGUGACAUCCUGAAGCAUCGUACGUACCUUCUCAGGCGAGCCCUAGAAGCCACAGAUACAGGGGAUGGAGACGGAAAAGCCGAUACGUUGUCCCCUCCUGGUCAGCCAAGUCCGGCUACGUCUUUCCUACCUCCGUGUCUGACACAUCCACCAAAAAGAAAACACAGCCAAGCAUUCCCCCAAGACCGACAAGAUGUCACAGGGGAUGAGGACAUUUCUGACAGUGAGAUUGAGCAGUACUUAAGAACCCCCGCUGAAGUGGAGGCAUUUAAACAGGCUCAGGAACAGACACAGACUCUUAAUCCUUAAAUUUGCUUUCGAGAUUUUGUUAGCACUUGAGCUAUGUACAUAACUUGCUUCAGAUGUAUUGGCUGACCUUUUUAUUGUUGCACAUAAAAUGUAUGUUAAUGUAAAAAUACACUGUAUUAUAGAA